CAUGGCACAUGUGUGCAGACAGCUGAGUGGGAGCGUGGCCAGCUUUGCAGGCUGGGUAGGUAUCAUCAUCGCCACGGCCACCAACGACUGGGUGCGCACCUGCGACUACACUGUCACCACCUGUGUGCGCAUGGACGAGCUGGGCGCGCGAGGCCUCUGGGCAGAGUGUGUCAUCUCUCCCUCACUCUACCACUGUGUCACGCUCAACCAUAUCCUCACACUGCCAGCAUACAUCCAGACAUGCCGUGCGUUGAUGGUGUUUGCGUGCCUAAUGGGGCUUCCUGCGAUGGGGCUGGUGCUGAUGUCCAUGCCCUGUGUCAGACUCGGAGAUGAGAUCCCCGCUACCAAACUACGCCACGGCAUGGUCGGGGGUGCUCUCACCUUUAUUGUGGCUCUCUGUGGAUUGGUGUCGACCAUCUGGUUUCCUAUUGGUGCUCACGCAGAGGAGGGUCUGAUGUCAUUCGGCAUCUCACUGUACACCGGAUGGGUCGGCUCCGCCCUCUGCCUCCUGGGGAGCUUCAUGAUUUUGUGUUGCUGCGGUGACAACCCCUCGGCAACCCCCCAAAGGCAGCAGAACAGCUACUACUACUCCAGACAGGCAGGGGGUGCCGACACACCCAUCAACCUUGCCGCUACCGCCGUAGUCACGGGCAACCACGCCAAGAGCGCACAUGUAUAAGAAUGUGCAUUUGUGAGAGUUGGAGUUCUAGGCCAACUACAUUGCAGACGUAUGCCAGAUCUAACAACGCCUGCAUAGUUAUUUAACAUACACUAUAUAUACAAAAGUCUGUUAACACCCCUUCAAUUUAGUGGAUUCGGCUAUUUCAGCCACACCCGUUGCUAACAGGUGUAUAAAAUUGAGCACACAGCCAUGCAAUCUCCAUAGACAAACACUGGCAG